ACAGUGGGAAAGAGGAUGACCUGCAUGAUGUGCGUCAACAGAAACUGGAAUUACAGCGCAAACUUUUGAGAAGAAACAGAGAAGAAAACGCCAGGAGCCACUUAUGAUCCAAUCUAACCCUGAUGCCAAACUUAAACCUCGUAGAUCCCGAAAGCCUGAAGACCAGGCCGUACUGGUGGAGUCUUGUACUGUUUCCAGCAUCUACAUGGGUGUAUCCAAUCCUGCCAUAUCAGAAGGAACUCCUGCAAGCCCCCACCUCUGUUCUGCUAUCUGUUCAGACAGCUUCUCACGGACCACCAAGGCUGAUGUUGAACUAGAAAAGAGGGAAGCAGACCUUUGUGGAGUUGAUGUUUCAGAUGAAGAUCUAGAGGAAACCAUUCUCGAAGACACCCUGCCUCUUACCAGCAAGAAAGAACCAGCCCCAGCCAGAGCAAAGCAGAAGAACAAGACAAGAGCAGCAAAAUCUGAUAUGAAGGAAUCAAAGGCCAAAACAUCAUCACCCAAAGUGUCAAAGAACCGGAGAUCAUCCAUACAGGAGACUCAAGACACAGAGAAAGAAAAUACACUUCAGAUGAAAGGUUGGGAUAUCAGAUUGUCUGUA